AUGUCGGAUUCGGAUGAGAUCAUAACCAGUGAUGAAGAAUCAACUAAUGAAGAAGAAAUUGAAACGAGCGAUGGCGAGCAAGAAGAUAGUCAAGUGUAUGAUGGCAGUGUCAUGGACGAUAGCAGGAAUCGUCCACCAAGUAGAGAGUUAACUGUUGAGGAUUCGGAUGUCACAUCUGAUGGUGAUGAAAGCAUGAUUGUGGUGAAACGAAACAAAGGAGCGGGAAAGAAAAAGAAAAAAGCUAUAAUCGAUUCCGAUACAGAGCUGGAGGAAGAGGAAGAAGAGCUGGAAGAACGGGCUUUUUCACCCAGAACCAGAAUGAGCAUUACUGGAGUUAGACCGGCAGAUUUAACGGAUGAUAGUAGUGAAAUAGAAUAUUCAGAUGAAGAAGGCGAAGGUAGCGGUAAGAAGAAAAAGGGCGGGCUAAGUAAUAUAUCUGAAGUAUACAACGAUGACCAAGAAGAUGGUGAAUCGGGCACGGAAACGGAAGAUGGUGAUAAUGAGGAAGACGACGACACAAGAGAACCAAAUUCCCUUAUAGAAAACUCAGCGGAAGAAAAGUCUGAUAUACAUAGUUCCACAAUGAAUCAUUCAGAGGGCAAUGCGGACAAAUCUGAAAUGGCAAGCAAUUCCGAAAUAGCAGAAUCUUCCAGUGAAAAAAAUUCCAGCACAUCCUCACCUAAAACUGCCAGCAAUGCAAUGUCUAGUGCGAAUUCUCCUCAUGCACCACGUUAUUCCAUACAUUUUGAAAAGGAGAUUCAAGAUAAAUUAUCAUCUACAUUAUAUCAACCACGAGAUGUUGCUCCCGAAAUAGAUUCUUCCGCCGACAGUGAUAUACAAAUUAUUGAGAAAGUUGAAAAACCCAUUCAGAAAAAUUUGGUACAACCAAAAAUUAUGGCCGCCUUAAAUAAUGUAGCACCUGCCAUGAAAACCCCUAUGAAUAAGGCCAAAUUGAGACAUGUCUCUCAAGAAUACUAUGACAAAGAAAUAAGGAAAUUUGAAGAAAUGAAGGCGGAACUUCUGAAUGCGGAAAAACUUUUGGAAAAAAUAUCCAAAUCAUUGCCAGAUGGUGGUAAACAGUUAUCACUGCGUAUAGAGCGAUUGCGUAAUGAUGUGGCCAUUAAAUCAAAAUACAUUGCCUCUUUGUAUAUUGAAGAUGCUCCGGGAGCAAGUGGCCCUUUAUAUCCACCAGAGGAUAAAGAUUCACCAUCACAGAAAUUGCAAGAUAUACAGAAGCAGCGUAAGGCGUUCUUCAACAACAAUGCACCGCCUGACUGGGAUGAUCUUUCGGCAGCUGUAAAUCAAAUACAGCCAACACAUACUGGCAAGCAGGGCAUGGCCACAUUUAACAAUCAAAAAGUUUUAACAAUAGAACGUCUUAAGGAUCUACAUGGCUCUUUGGAAAGUUGUCCGGCAGAAAAUGUCCUAGCUGAUGAUCCCAAGGGCCUUAAAGUCACUCUAAUGGAUCAUCAAAAACAUGCUUUGGCUUGGAUGUUCUGGCGUGAAAAACAAAAACCCCGUGGCGGUAUUCUGGCCGAUGAUAUGGGUCUGGGUAAAACUUUAACAAUGAUUUCAUUGGUUUUGGCUAGCAAAAAUCGCGAAGAGGAGGAAGAGGACGAUGAAAAUGAUAAGGAAGACAGUGAAUCGGAUGAUGACGAAGAACCCAAAACCGGAUGGUCCUCAAAAGGAAGAAGGGAUUACUACCCCGGUGGUACCCUGGUUGUGUGUCCUGCCAGUUUAAUGCGUCAAUGGGAAGAUGAAGCCCAAACAAAAGUCUCACGACAUCGAUUAACAGUUUGUGUACAUCAUGGCAAUAAUCGUGAUUCCAAACCCAAACAUUUACGUACCUAUGAUCUGGUGGUUACGACCUAUAAUAUUGUGGCCCGUGAACACAAGACUACUGGGGCCUUGUUUGGUAUAAAGUGGAAACGUAUAAUUCUCGAUGAAGCCCAUGUCGUGCGCAAUCAUAAAGCACAGUCUUCGCUGGCAGUGUGUGAGUUAAAAGGUAAAAAUAGGUGGGCAUUGACCGGUACACCCAUUCAAAACAAAGAAAUGGAUGUAUAUGCCUUGUUGAAAUUUCUACGCUGUUCUCCAUUCGAUGAUUUUGCGCAUUGGAAGAAGUGGAUUGAUAAAAGUGCUGGUGGCCAACAACGUCUGAAUACAAUUAUGAAAUCACUUAUGUUAAGACGCACCAAGGCCCAGCUACAAGAUCGUGGUGAACUACAGUGCUUGCCCAAAAAAGAAAUUGAAUUAAUUGAAGUAGAAUUGGAUAAGGAGGAAAUGAAUGUCUACCAAAAGAUUAUGAUUUUUUCGCGAACCUUAUUUGCCCAGUUUCUGUUCCAGAGGGCUGAACGAAAUACCGAUUUACAUUAUCGCGAUCAGAGUUCUAAGCCUACAUUUAUGCAAUCGAAGGAUCCCAAUGAUGCUUACUACAGAAUGCAUAAGAAAUUUACGAAACUUCACCAGGGUACAAAAGAAAUCAAAUCUCAUGAAAUUUUGGUUCUUUUACUGAGGUUGAGACAAAUUUGUUGUCAUGCCGGGCUAAUUGAUUCGAUGUUAGAAGAUGAAGAUGCUCAACAUAUCGACACUGAUAGUGAUGUUUCACAUCCAGAAAUAGAUUUAUUAGAACAACUAAAUAAACUAGCCAUUACCGAUAAAAACGAUAGUGCAACAAUGAUGAGCAAUAGUUUAAAUGAACCCGACACUUCACUGAGACCUGAAGAGCAAGUCCUGGCCAAGGCCUCGGCACGUGUACUGCAACGUAACAAUCCAGUAUUUAACUUGGAUCGACCCUCCUCGAAAAUGGUUAAAGUAAUGGAAGUAUUAAAGGAGCGUGUUUUAGCUGCCGGUGAUAAGGCUAUUGUGGUAUCACAAUGGACGAGCGUUUUGAAUAUCCUAAAAACACACAUUGAGCGGGAAAAUGUUGCAACACUUUCUCUGAAUGGUUCUAUAGCUGUGAAAAACCGCCAAGAAAUCGUUACGGAAUUUAAUAGCCCCAAGAGCAGUAAACGCAUUCUUCUACUAUCGCUGACGGCUGGUGGUGUUGGUUUAAAUUUAGUUGGUGCCAAUCAUUUACUACUCAUCGAUUUACACUGGAAUCCGCAAUUGGAGGCACAGGCCCAAGAUCGUGUAUAUCGUGUUGGCCAGAAAAAGGAUGUCAUCAUCUACAAGUUCAUGUGCAAAGAGACUGUGGAAGAGCGCAUUAAAGCUUUGCAAGAUCACAAAAUGGCCUUGGCCAAUGGUGUGUUGACCGGUGCAGGCGCCAGUGAGGGUAGCAAACUUAGUAUGGAUGAUCUUAAGGGUCUUUUUGGUAUUUAAU